CCGGUGAAUUCUAAAUGCCCUUUAAUCCAUCCAUCACACUCCAUCCAUCCAUCCAUCCAUCCAUAACCCAUCGUUGGAUAGUGGACGUAGUACUAAUAUCACAAGGACAAUCCUUCCUUUUCCUUUUCCUUUUCCUUUUCCUUUUCCUUCUCACCAUCAAACAUUCUUGUUUCUUCCCAUUCUUCUACAAUUUGUUCAGCUGUUCAUUGAUCCUCUUGAAUUCUAUACUUUAUAAUUAAAUUGAUGUAAAGCACUAUUCGUUUAAAAUCGAUUAUCUUCUUUCUACAACUGAACGACCGCAACUCGAAAUUCAUUCACAAUCUCUAAACCUCCUUGGUUUUAAACAGACCCACAAUCCUCCAAAACAAAUCGAAAUACAAUACAGAUGUCUUCAAACGAAGCUGAAGGGGCAGGAGUAUCUGCGCAAAAUAAAGGAUCUUGGAGCGCUUUCCUUAAGUCGAUCGCUUCAUUCAACGGGGAUUUAUCUUCGUUGACAGCUCCACCAUUCAUUCUAUCAUCGACAUCGUUGACUGAAUUCUCUUCAUAUUGGGCAGAACAUCCCAAUCUAUUCGUCGCACCUGCCGCAGAGCAGGAUCCCCAAAAACGAGCACUUUUGGUCUUGAAGUGGUUCUUGAGUACAUUAAAACAACAAUAUGCGAGUCGAAGUGAUAAAUAUGGAAAUGAGAAGAAACCUUUAAACCCUUUCUUAGGAGAGUUGUUCCUUGGAAAGUGGGAGGAUUCUUGUGGAACCACCGAGCUUAUUUCUGAGCAGGUCAGGUAUGUUUUCUUCUACAUAUGAUUAAUCUGCCAUCUCUAAUGUUGCCUUUAGCCAUCAUCCACCUGCUACCGCAUAUCAAAUCUCCAACAAGAAACAUGGCGUAUAUUUACAAGGAUACAAUGCUCAAAAAGCUUCAUUCUCUCGAACCAUCAACGUUAAACAAAUCGGACAUGCACUUUUGAGUAUUCCUGCUUACGACGAAACCUAUCUCAUCAGUCUUCCAAACCUUCACAUUGAAGGUUUAAUCUUUGGUUCCCCAUUCGUCGAGCUCGAAGCCAAAUCUUACAUUACAAGUAGCUCAGGAUUUACCGCCAAGAUUGAUUAUAGUGGCAAAGGAUGGUUAUCUGGCAAGAAGAAUAGUUUCACCGCUACAUUAUAUCCCACUGGCAAAGAAAAGGACACUCUCUAUACCAUAACUGGACAAUGGACCAAACAAUUUGAGAUCAGAGAAGGUGGAAAGAAGAGUGAUCCGAUAGAUACUUAUGAUGCAGAUGCUACACCUACCACUCCACUCAUCGUUGCACCAAUCGAAGAACAAGAUCCAUUGGAGUCGCGGCGUGCCUGGUCCAAGGUCGCAGCUGGUAUCGCAGCAGGUGAUAUGGAUGCAACUAGUAACGAGAAGACCAAAAUUGAAGUUUUUCAACGAGAACUUAGAAUAAAGGAGAAGAGUGAGGGUAGAACAUGGGAGAGAAGAUAUUUCACCAAGAUGGAAAAUUGUCCAAUCUUGCAAAAAUUGGCUCCAUGUAUCCAAUUAUCAGCAGACGAGGAUAAAACUGGUGGAAUUUGGAGAUUUGAUGAGACAAAGGCUUCCAAACAUGUCAAAUCGGAACAGACUCUACAACCUCAACAAAUAAAUGUACAAGUUCCGGUUGCUUAAUUGCAAAGUAUGAUGGAAAGGGUGUAUGAUGAACACGGCGGCUGCUUGAGCUAUUCUCGUCCACUUCAAGAUAUGAUGACGAGGUGAAUAAUGACGUAAUUAAGGAUUGGAUUGUUGGUGGAAUGAAUAUCUCGAAUUGAGAAUUGGUAUAUGUGUGGCUGCAGUCUUUUUUGGAUGGAGGGAGUGGAGGUGGUGGUUGUACUCGUGCUCAUCAUAGAUUCAUGGGGGAAGGAGGAAUCCUUUUAUACUACCUAUUAAGACUACUUACCAAGUAACGAAACGAGCUUUUUUAUUGAGUUUCAUGUAGAUGAGAGGAGAUGAGAUGUUAGGACAACAAUGAGAAUCGCAGAGUAAAUACAUACAUGAAAUUCAAUUGGAUUGUUUUAAAGGUGUUU